CCGCGCGCCCCGAGCAUGCUGUCGGCCGCCGCGCGGAGCCUCGGCCUGGCGCUGCUGGCGGCGCUGCUGUGCCCCGCGCCCGCGAAUGGCCUGUGGUGCCAGGACUGCACGCUGACCACCAACUCCAGCCACUGCACGCCGAAGCUGUGCCCGCCGUCGGACACCGUGUGCGCCAGCGUGCGCAUCACCGACCCCAGCAGCAGCCGGAAGGACCAUUCGGUGAACAAGAUGUGCGCGUCCUCCUGCGACUUCAUCAAGCGCCACUUCUUCUCAGACUAUCUGAUGAGGUUCAUUAACUCGGGGAUCUUAAAAGUCGACGUGGACUGCUGCGAGAAGGAUUUGUGCAACUGGGCAGCCCCCGUGGGGCUCAGCCCCUGGGCCCUGACCUGGGGGCUGCUGCUCAGCCUGGGGCUUGCCGUCCUCAGGGCCGGGCCCUGAGGUCCCUUCCUCCCGUGGGCCUUCCUCCCGCGUCCCCUGCCUGCCUGGCGGGAGCCGGGGCAGCGGUGGCCGCAUUGCGGUCUGUGGCGCACACCAUCUCCAGAUGGGAGGCCGCUCCACCAGCCCGGAGCUCCAGGUAGCCCGAUCUCCCCAGGAGGUCAGGCAUCCUGGCAAGAAGCUGGGGGCAAGGGCAGGGGGCUGGGACCCCCAGCCCCUGAGGGGAAGGGAGGCUGGGCCAAGUGCGGCCCAGUGGCCUGGCCCAAAGGGCAUCUUCUA